AUGGCUGAAGAAUAAAAUAAAACUCCUAGAGAUAUCAAAAUAGACGAUACCAGUUUUACUAACAGAAAAGAAACAAUAGCAGAUACCAGAUAUUCCUAAAAAAGUUUCAUUCAUCCAUAAUAAAUAUAUUAAGUCUAACAGUGUAAUCAUACUGUUUAACCUAUAUUCAUUUAAGUAAUUACACGUGAAGAAAUAGAAACUCCUUUCUUAAACGAAAUCGAAAUGUUAAAGAAUAAAAUUAGCAAAAUCCAAUAAGAAAAUGAUAAAUUAUACGAAAAAAUUCAUUAAUUAACUGAAUAAUUACAAGACAGAUAAAACUUUAUAGAUACUUAUAAAUAAAAAUUUAUUGAUCUCUAAAAUUCAAAAGAUAUAUUACUAUCAGAACUUGAAAAACUGAAUUCCUAAAAAUACCCAGUUAUAAAUUAUGCUACUCAACAAAAAUUUAUGUUUUAGUAAAAUUAGUCAAGCGAUAGGACUAAUAAUAAUUUAAAUUUAGAAAUUGAGAUUGAUAAGCUCAGAAUUGCCUUGAGUAAUAAAGAUGAAGAGAUUAGAAGGCUUUAAGAAAAAUAUUAAUAGUUAGAGAAUUAGGGAUUGGCUGUAUUGGAAGAAAAAAUAAAAACAUUAAUAAUUGAAAAAGAAUUUUGGAAAGCAAAAUUUGAAGAAACAUAAAAGGUUCGUUAAUACAGUAAUUUUAAAUUUGCUUGA